GCCCAUUGCCUCGUGUAUUAGCAUCCUGAAGUUCGGCUCAUAGCAACUAGUUUUGUUUCAAACACCAUGGACAAUCUUCCUGACGGGGUCUCUGCUCCAGAGCUUACUACAUUGUCAUACGAUGAAUCCGUUCCCUAUGAAUCACAAGUUCCUACUCAUUCAUCCAGUGAUCCAGAGCGAGCUACAUUGCUCAAUCGCAUAGGGAACACCAAAGUGUACCUUCUCUCUGACACUGCCCAGGCAAGAAUUGCCAAGCGCAAGCGCACAGAAGGGGACGAUGAUGAUGACAUAGAUAUGGAAGAAGAAACAACGUCGAGUCUAAGAGCAAAUGCUCUGCUGCUCACCGGCACCCCCAUUUCCCACCUGCCCACUGCUCGCAUCUUUGCAUAUGUUACCCAUUUCGAUACGCACCCUAUAGGCCUUGAAUGGCUCGACGACAAUAGUUGCAUCCUCGUUUAUGAAUCAACUGCCUCUGCGCGUACUGCACAUCGGUACCUCCAAAAAUCUGCCACAGAGGAUAUGGAUGCAGACGGCUUCGUCACAGCAAAACCCAUUCCAAUUACCUUAUGGCCGCCAGAAGAGCGAAUAACGAAGAGCCUGGGUAAAGGUCAAGGACUGAAAGGUAUCAUACGCAUGCGUUGGGCUAAAGAUGAUGACGUAAAGAAGAAGGGCGCAAAAAGGGAAAGCAAAUUCUAUAAGAAGUAUGGAGAAACCGCCGGAAAAGAGGAUGAGGGAGGGGAAGCAUUACAGAAGAGAAGAAGGAGAGAUGAUUCAACUGUGCGAAGCCAGUUGGAUGAUGACCUUGAUGCGUUUCUUGGUGCCGAUAAACCCUCCAAAAUGCGUUCCGACUAUAAAUCGCAUUUCUGCGCCGUUGCCGCGCCGCACGAGGGGCCAGCUUGCGUACCAGCCAGCUGA